AUGGCUCCGCUUGCGUUUUGGAAUCGACUGGAUCAAAGUGGCAAAGUUCAACCCGCUUUCAUGGAGGAGGCCCUCCAGGAGGCCAUCAACGGAAUGACAUCCGGCCAAGGUGGCCCUUUCGGAGCCGUCAUCGUCAAGGACGGCAAGAUCGUCGCCCGAGGACAUAACAGAGUUCUUGCCACUAAUGACCCAACUGCUCACGCAGAGGUGACCGCCAUCCGGAAUGCUUGCGAAAUCUUGAAGUCAUUCGACCUGAGCGGGUACGAGCUGUACACCUCCUGCUAUCCAUGCCCAAUGUGUAUGGGCGCAGCUCUAUGGGCUCGUGUUGACGCCAUCUACUACGGUGCCACCGCCGAACAGGCCGCCGAAAUCGGCUUCUCCGACGCUGAAUUCCACGACUUCCUGAAAAACCCAAAGACUGACUCGAAACGCGCUCUAGAAUGCAUCUCGCUGGAUGAUGUCACGAAACCGUUCCGAAUGUGGCACGAAAUGGAGCACAAGACGCUUUAU